AUGUCGGAGGACCGCGUUUCGCUAAAGGUGGAGACAAUCGCCAGCGGCGGCCAGCGUGAGAGUGAUGGUGGUGUUGGCUUUGGAAGCGUGCAGCGGCUGCCAGCAAUUCAUUUGGACUCAUGGGAGUUCCGCCGCAUGGCACGCGAGGGCUCCGUCAUGCCAAACGCCCUCGUCGUGUGGGACGUUGAUGGGGAUGGUGUUGAGGAGGUCAUUCUUGGCACGUCGGAAGGGCAGCUUCUGGUGGUGAAGCCAGACCACCGCGCGCCGGUGUACUCCCGCACCAUCGCGGCGACUAUAUCUGUUGUGUUGUACUGCGUGGAGCACCACCGCCUCGUGCUGGUGACCCUCGAAGGGCAGUGCGAGGUGACGGAGAGGUUUCUCAUUGGCGGAGACAGCGGCAACAGCAGGAUGAGGUCGUCAACCUUUGGUACUGCAAUCGAAGCUAGACCAGUGGAAGGAGGGCACAUGGCGCAUCUGGACAAUAACAAUGGGGCAUACUCCAGAGGUGCCACACAAACUUCUCAGACACCUUGUGGCGCCUCGUACGUCUUUAGUAUUCCACCAAAUUGCUUUUGCGGGGACAUAGCCACAGAGGAAGGCGGUACAAUGAUGUUCCUUGGUUCCUACGACCGUCGCGUGUACGUAUACUCGCUCACGGCGGAUGGAAAGUGUCUUGGUUCGCUUUUUGUACAUGCGCCGGUGUCGUCGAUGAAGUACUUUACGUUACCGACCGUCACGGAUGCAUAUGUGUGUGUCACGAAUGCCUCCUCGCCCACCCCCCAAACCACAGCAGCAGUGAGACCUCCCAGUGUCACUGCUGUUGGUGAUGGAACAACUUCGUGCGACUCAAGAAGGCAUGCUGCUGUGGGUAAGUCGUUGCUGCUUGUGAGCUGCAGCCACAGUCUUCUUUUGUUGAAUGCGUCCUACGCCGAUGUGAUGCAAUGGGGAGGUCCGGGUGAAGUGCGGUCUGUGGUGAUGCAGGAGGACUCUACCUCGGUGCCUGCGCAGAAUCACGGAAUUCCGUUUCCCUCAUUACCCACUAAUGAGAUGUUUGUUUUGGAGGGGGCAUCGACGCGUCGAAAGGAUGCGCUNCUGUAUCCGUUGUGGCAGAUGCCGCUUGGCCGAAUUCCGCAGCGCUCCGUAUCUGUGGAAGUGGGAAGCGCAAACAGUGGCAUGCUUGUGCUGUCACCGGACAGCCGCGUACUUUCCUGCGACACGCCGCACGCCAUGCUGCGGGAUGUGGUGCCGCUGGCGACGGCGGCCACAUCGCCGUUGCCAGUCCUUAAGCGGGCUAACGCUGCAUGUGCAGUGCCGCUUCGGUGGGGCGAGGAGGAAUUCUCCAUGUCGGGCGUACCGAAGCAGGAUAUCCGCCUCUCCGUCGCGGUAGAUGUCGCAGUGGGCAGCAGAAGUGUGCAGUUUGCCGUUGCCACUGAGGACGGUCGUUGGUCCAUAUUUGAGAUGUCACUUGGUUGCGGGAAUGAUGCAGCUACCGCUCCCGCAUCAGCUGUAGCAAUGGGAAUGGACAAGGAACGUGUGGAAACACAUGCCACCGAAGCCGCGCUGCCCAUCGUUUGUGUGGCGUCUGGCUCCCUCAAGCAGCAGGGUUUCCUACAGCGUGUUCGCAUCUUCCGUGUGAACACUGAUGAGUUCUGUUCUGUCUUUAUCACCACCGACGGUACCUGCUAUGUUGUGGAUGGAAGUACACGGGUUUCUAUUGAAUCACAUGUGAAGUCCGAUGCGUUGUCCUUCACUAUAAUGGCAGGAGGGUCCACCACCCACCCGAUGAAAUCUCUUGUGGCGGGUUCUUCCUCAACGCUUCACGUAGCAGCAGCAGGAGCAGGUUCUUCAUUCUCCUCAUAUGAGCCUUCAAGAUCCACGCAACAGCAGCAGCAGCAGCAGCAGCAGCAUCAGCAAAGCCUAUUGCAUGGUCCCAUUGGCCGCACCGUACCUAUUGUGUGUGUGACGGUCAACGAGCUUGUUAUCUCCUCUGUGGGUGGUGACACGUGUUUUUCGGCACAGCAUGAUCUGUCGCGGGGAGAAGACACAAAUGAGUCGCGGCACAUGUCGGUGCCCAUUCCCACCCCACAAUUAGCACGUCAGUCGUUUAGUGCGCCUGGACGGUUGAUCCCCGACACUCAUUUGAGCACGUCGCAUGGCAACGGCGCUUUAGCCAUGGCCGACGCCGGUGUGGUGUACGAGGAAGAGGAGUCGCUGCUCUUGCAGCUUGGUACUGCGCUGCUGGCGGCGGGGGGCUGUGCAAAUCCAAAAGGCCUCUUUUCACCAGAGGAGCGGCGCUUUGCAGCACGCAAGUUGUGCGCAGUCGGAUACACCGAGGAGGAGUGGAAAGUGUUGCAGCGGUUGGAUGCUGAGCACCUGGAGUAG